AUGGAGUCAUCAGCGACUUCCGAGAAACACUCCUCGAGACCGUACGCACACAAGAGAUCCUCGACUCUUCAAUCCAUCAGUUCGUUCCUUGGUGGCGGCGCCGGCAACUCCAAAAGAGAGUCCGCAUCACCGCGUGCGGCACUUGCAUCCAUCCCAGCACCAGCCGACGACGAAUUUCUUAAUCUCGAUAUCAAUACUGCCUUAUUCCCCAAUGGGUCUUCCGACCCCGCUGCAUCACCACACGCCUUUCGCGACCUGGUUUCCAAUGCCGAAGCAACCAUCCUACGGAUCCAAACUGCGUACAAGCUCCGCACCAUGGCCUUGCACGAUAUUUCGGCUGAGAAGAGCGCACAAGCCGACGAACUCGAAGAGUCACAAACCCGAGCUCGUCAUCUCAAGAUGCAGCUCGACGACCUCUCCGCCAAAGUAUCCGAGCAGGAGAGGACCAUGAAGGAACUAGCCGAGGAGCUCUCUGCCGAGCGGCAACGCCGUUACGAGGAAGAGGAAGCGCGCAAGCGUACGAUAACACUCGUCAAGAAGCCCGCGAGCAUUCCCAUGGACGGCGGCGAUAACAACGACAACAAGACACUUGCUGCAACAAAGCGCAUUUCCCGCGCCAGCGACUCUGGCUUUGAAUCAGAAGACGAGAGUUGCGCAGAGAGCGUUUUCUCACGAGUACAUGAUCGUGCGGAUGCUGCUUCCCCGGCCGGCACAAUGUUUACGUCUGCAUCGGGUUUGACAUCUCCAGUGGAAUUAGUAUCCUCGUCUGCUCCUUUUCCAUUAUUUUCCUCCUCGUCUCCCAGUGUACAGAAGCCGCCGAACGAACACGCAGAGGAUAAGCCAGAUGAUCCGUCAGUCACACCAACCCAACGAUCAUCCAUACCGCCCCAGCGCUCGUCGGCGUUUCAGAAGAUGCUCAGAGGCAUUGGCGCAACGUCCAUGGCCAAGGCAGCCGAGGCGGGUCUCGGUGGCUGCGCGAACUGUAGAGGCGAAGAUGCGUCAAUGGCGUGGAAUAUCGUUGGCCAUUUGCGCGAAGAAAAUGCCGAGUUGAAUACUCGUGUGGGGCAACUCGAGGGCGCCGUGGAGAAUUGUUUAGAUAUCGUCAAGGGAUUGCAUGUUUAG